GGUGGUUGUGCAACAAGAAAAUAUUUGUGCCUUCGCUAUCAUCAAAAUUGCCCAUCCCUCCUCCAGGGCAUGAGAAACGGAAGAAGAAACUUCAUGAGAAUGAACAGCGGAAACAGCAGGACUGAGGAGGACAAGAAGAAUAUCACCAGACUGCAGGACCUGGUUGACAAGCUGCAGCUGAAGGUCAAAGCCUAUAAGAGGCAGGCUGAGGAAGCUGAGGAGCAAGCUAAUGGCUACCUGUCCAAGUUCAGAAAGGUUCAGCAUGAGCUAGAGGAGGCUGAGGAGCGUGCUGACAUUGCUGAAUCCCAGGUCAACAAGUUGAGAGCAAAGAGCCGUGAUGCUGGAAAGGGCAAGGAGGCUGCAGAGUAAAUCCUGUGAAAUCUUUUGCCUUGUCACUCAGCUGAAUUAAUAUCCUGAUUACUGUGGCUAUUAUGUAAAUAUAUCAUAAUAAAAGUCUCUGCAUUAUACUGUA